AUGGCAGUUCAACUUUGCAGUACAAAAGCUUCGAAUCACGAAAAACACGACGGAAGAUAUUUCAAACUCAAGUCGUCGAAAUUGCUGUUUAUGAUUGUUCUUUACAUCGUUUUUCUCCUCAUUGGUGCUGGCGUCUUCAACUUUAUCGAGCAAAAAGCAGAGCAUCAACGAUGUAAAACAAGUCGCGACACUGUUCGCCAAGCGGUUGACAAAAUGACCGAUGAGUAUUUCUACCUCUUGAAUGUCAAUUUGAAGAUUUGUAAAGGGAUCAAGGCGGUGAAAGAAGGCGACACGUCUGAAUUUAACGCGGUUCUUUUGGAAGGGCUUUUGAAUAAUUUUUCAUUGAAUAAUAAUCGAUUCGAAAAAGAAGCCAAAUAUAAGUCGUACAUCUACGAUUGGGCAGCGACAAACUGUUCGCGAGAAGGGCAACGAAUCUUUUCCGAAAAGUCCGAUCUCUACAACAAGCAAGAGGAUACUGCGAACGAGUUCCAACAACUUUGGGGAACAGUAAUGCAAAAGUCCGACCUGAAACAUUUCGACGACGAAGUCUUCACUAUCAGUGGAAAGCCAUUGGAUAUGGAAAUCUAA